AUGGUCGAUGUAAUAAAGAGCAAAGCAAACAUCAUAGUAAACAAAAUCAAUCAACUUAGUGGAAGUAGUUCUCCCGAUCAAAAGAAGGGACUUCUACGUUGUGUUAGUAGUUACAAUUCAAUUUUGAUUGAUGUUUUGCUAGCAACUCAAGCUUUGCAAAAUGAAAACCCAAAAUUUGCAGUAGAAAAUGCAAAUUAUGUUGGUGAGGAUGCCGAUGGUUGUGAGAAUGCCUUCUCUGGAAAAUCACCACUCACAGCUGAAACCAAAGUAAUGCGUGAUGCAUCCGCCAUAACAUCGGCAAUUUGUAAAUUAUUGCUCUAA